UUGCGCGUGCCAUGUUAGCUCCGAUGGUGGCUUCUACUGAUACUGACGUGUAUAAAUUGAAGUCUCGACUAGUUUAUAGUUACAGUGUGACUCGUAAAAUGACAAACGAUUAGUGUAUCUCCCAGAGGAAUAUAUCGUGUACCGCGGUUCAUUAUGUCCAAUAGGUGUUCCAACAAAAAUAAUAUGGAACGAAUAUUAAAACACAUUAACACCGUUAAUUUCUACAUUGCAUCUGCUAUAGCCAGGAUACCAAUAGCGACAAUCAUAAUAAGUAGAGAAUAAAAUCUACGAAUUUUGGAAGGGCCAAGGUUCUACAGAUGUGGAUUGUCAAGGUCUCCAAGGCUACAUGAUAAGCUGUUUUGUAUUCCGUGAAUGUAUAUGCUGAAUCACACGUCAAUUUCUAUCAUUUAUUCAUAGUACUCUUAUGAACUUUCAAUGGCACUGCGCAACUUAACGUUCGACAUAUGUAACACAACAUAUGACAUACGUAAUAUAAAUUAAUAUAAAGAUCAUCCUGAGGGAUUGUACUUCGACGAAAAUGGGGAGUAAACUGAGAACCUUUGGUUUACUUUUAUACAAAGAUGUAUUAGUAAGAAAGAGGCAUUGGAAGGCAACAAUAUUUCUACAAUGUUUAAUACCCCUCGCCACGUUUAUAUUAAUACAGUCGAUAAGAGACUUGACUGUGCAACCACCUCUUGUGAUCAACGAAAGUACAUAUUACCCUAUAGAAACCAAAGAGUCGUUACCAAUGCUGAACAACGAGUUCUCGUUUUUAUAUUAUGUACCGAGGAAUUCGUACAUACGAAACGUUACAGAGAGCAUUCGAAUGUGUCUGCAACUGCCAUACAACAAUGUAGUUGGUUUUUUGAACGAGGACGAGAUGAUCGAUACUUAUAUAAAGAUCCAAGCGAAAUUUGGAAUGUCACAGGUGGUGGGACUUGUAUUCGAGAAUUACAAUGCCAGCACCACUGACAUAAGAUACAAAAUUAGGCACUCAUUCAAAAUUCCGCCUGCCCUGUUUCAAAAUAUAUUAGAUGAAUACUCGUUCAGCUCGCAUUAUAUAUACAUAAACGCUAUACCGUUCGCUCAAUUGCAAAUGUGCGUAGACGAAACUCUUAUAAAUCGAAUGACGUCUCGUCCUAUAAUGGACAGGCAGGUGUCCAUACAAAGAAUGCCCUAUCCUCCGUACGUCAAAGUGGACACAGGCGAUACGAUAUUGAGAACAGUUUUCUGUAUGUUCUCAGUUAUUGCUUUCGUAGUUCCACUCGCCCUAGAAAUUAACUAUUCGUCGAAGGAGAAGCAGAUCGGAGUCCACGCUCUAAUGGCUAUAAACGGAGUAUCGCAAUAUCAGAACUUACUCAGCUGGUUGAUCACCAGUGUCGUAUUCAGCAAUUUAUACAUUAUACCAAUACUAAUAUUAUUCAAGAAUACUUUCUCGGAGAACGCUGUACCGUAUUUAUAUCACAGCAACACGUUUAUAUUCUGGCUAAUACUUGUAGUGCAUAUUGCUCAUCUAACGUCGUUCGGUAUGCAAGCAGUUGCAUACAUCUCGAAUUCACGUUAUCUGGCAAUAACGUUGUCAAUUAUUUAUACUAUUUCUUUCUCACUUCACGGAACUUUUAUGAAAGAGCAAAUGUUUAGAGUGAUACCGUUCCUGGGACUAGUGUUCCCAGAUAUACUGCUCUACAGGUUCCUCGAAGAACUGAACGCGUAUGAAACGCAAUUAACUGGUAUUCAAUGGUCUAAUAUGUUUUAUACUGGAGAUGCACAAUACGGUAGUACCGGGAGCGUAGGAUUCAUACUGAUCUUCUCGCUAUUGGGGGCUAUCAUAUAUUUCACUCUUUGUGUAUUUAUUAAUGAAUUAAUUCCGGGAAAAUACGGAGUUCGCAAGGAGCCGUUCUUUUUCAAAUAUUUAAAAAAGAACAAAGUGAGCCUCGACGAGGAUAUAGAGGACAUGGAUUUCGCUAACGUUGAUAGUGAGAACUUCGAACCCGUCACGCGAGGUGUACUCACUCCUGGGAUUCAAAUUCGUAAUCUCAAGAAGACGUACAGGAAAUUUGGUUUACGAAAAACGACAGUUCAAGCUCUAAGAGGCAUUUCGAUAGAUUUAUAUAAAGGCCAGAUAACGGCUUUACUGGGGCACAACGGGGCUGGAAAAACUACGAUGAUGUCUAUUUUAACAGGUAUGGUAAGUCUGACGGAAGGAAAAGUUCUCAUAAACGGGAAAAAUGUAAUGAAUGAUUUACAAGAUAUUCGGAACGAUCUGAGUUUAUGCCCUCAAGAGAAUAUCGUUUUCCCCCUUUUAACCGUAUCCGAGCAACUAGAGUUUUUCGCUAUGUUAAAAGGUACAACUAAAACGCGAAAGGAGAUCCGACAGAACGUCAACGUCUUGCUCGAGAAAUUAGGUCUGUUUGGUAAGAGAAACGUUCUUCCCUUGAAGUUAUCGGGAGGACAACAGAGGAGAUUAUGUCUCGGAAUGGCUCUGAUCGGCGAUGUUAGUACGAUCAUCUUAGACGAGCCAACGUCGGGAAUGGAUCCCGAGACCAGGAGAGAUAUAUGGGACCUGAUAUUGAAAAUGCGUGGUCAGAAAACGAUUUUAAUCAGCACGCACAGUAUGGAGGAGGCCGACAUUCUCGGAGAUCGGAUCGCUAUUGUGGACAGAGGACGAUUGAAAUGUUAUGGUACCCCGAUGUUCCUAAAGAAGCAAUACGGCUACGGUCACAUAGAAGUCACCCUGUCAACGAAAUCGUGGUGUAACUUGGAGAAGAUCCUAAGCAAAUUCGAUCCCAGAACGCAACAAAUAAGCGUGGACAGCGAUAAGAUAGUUCUCAGCGUACCGAACUCCGAAAAUUUGCCCGAAUGUCUGGACAAAGUCGAGAAGGAGAAGAAGACUCUGGGCGUAACGGGGAUUGGCGUGUCGUUGAUAACUCUGGAAGAAGUAUUUCUGAAAGUGAUCAACCGAGAAGAGGAAAAACAUCUGAACGAAUUGUUCUGCCCUCCGUCACAGAAAGUAGAGGGCUGGGAUUUGACUAUGCAAAUGAUUUUGGCACUGUAUCACAAGAAACUGGUUUAUGCUAAGAAGAAUUUACUCACUAUUCUUCAAAUAUUGCUUAUACCGAUUUUAUCCGCUAUAUUGAUCGGGUUCAGUUAUAGCCCGGCCACCGAUUCGACAAAUGUGUUUCCGUACGAGCUUGAUAUGUAUAGAAAUCCGAGAGCCGUAUAUUCGUCUGAGAAUAGAACUAUCGGCACGUGUUACGAGAAGUCUGUGAAUUACGCCGGGGGGAUUGCAGAAGACGCACGAAACAUGAGCGUCUCGGACGCUUUGUUGGAUCGCGCGCGUGAAGACAUUGCACGAUACCGCAACAAUUAUGUCGCAUCUGUAGAAUUUAAUGUCUCCGAUACCGGAACCUUGCUUGCUAAUGCUUUGUAUUCCGGGACGGCGAUCCACAGCGUGCCUUUGACUAUAAAUUUAUUGUCGAACGCACUGAUCAAAAGUGUAGCCGGUGACGAAUAUUCCAUUCGAGUUUCAAGUCAGAAAUUACCGAAUUCAUUGAUGGAAACGAUGCUGUCAAUGCCGGGGGCCGAAUCGUUGACAAGAGUAUUAAUAUUCUGUUGCUUCUUCUUCCCCGUUGUUGCUCUCUUCAUUAUCCACCCUUUCGAAGAAAAGGAAACAAAAAUGAAACAGCUUCAAAGGAUGACCGGCGUAUCCUCUUUCGUAUACUGGCUCACUAUGUUCGUUUUUGAUCUUGUCAUUUUAACGUUAUCAAUUCUUAUAAUCGUGACAGUGUUUUACUUGAUGGACGUUAUAUUGGAUGUACGUUUAUACUACAAAACAGAAAUAAUGAUAAUGAUAUUGCUGUUAAUGCUGUUCGGCAUGAAUUCGUUGUUCGUAACAUACAUUUUCAGUUUCAUUCCUAAGUCGAGGAACACCGUUCACAUUACUCUAAGCUUGCUACCAGGCGGAUUGGUCAUCGUUCAGUAUCUUUUACACGAAGUGAUAUACGGUUACAAUAAACUGAGAGUCCUCCACUCUAUUCAGAAACGACUGUUCCGUUUAAUACCUUACGUGAGCGUGUUCCACGGUCAAUAUGCUUUCUUCGAGGUAGCUCUGCAGAACUCGAGGUGCCGUCGAUUGCCUGACAAGCUUCUAGAAGCAGCAUGCUUAGUCUACAAGGAUCGUUGCUGUGAUUUGAAUUGUACGGACGGAGUGUGUGAAACUUAUCUACCUUACUUUGCUGAUUUCAAGAGCGACAUGAACUUGGGAGAGUGCGUCGUCUACUUAUCGAUCACGCCGCUCUUAUAUUUCGCUAUAUUAAUUAUGCUAGAGGAACAGAUACCUAAGAAACUAUACGCGAAGAUGUUCAAGCAAAAUCUCAGGGAUGUGGCUGAUAUAAAAGAUGAUCAGGUGAAGAAGGAGAAGCAUGUUGUGGCGUCAGAGAUUAGAAAAUUGGAGAAUCGUGUGAGGAAUAGUGUCGACGAACCAAGGAUUGGAGGUCCUAUCCUCGAAGUCAACUACUCAGAAAGUCCAGAGAAAGUCAACGACAAUCUAUUUCUGGUUUACGAAUUGAGUAAACGUUACGGUAGCUUGGUGGCAGUGCAGGAAAUCAGUUUUCGAGUAAAGCAAGGGGAGUGCUUUGGAUUGCUCGGCGUUAACGGCGCUGGGAAGAGUACCACGUUCAGAAUGUUGACCGGCGAGGAAAUACCAAACAGUGGUACCAUGUACUUAGGAAGAUCCGAGAUUCAAACUGAUAGAGAAACUUAUUUAAAGCAAAUGGGAUAUUGUCCGCAAACUAAUGCAAUGCUGAAUUCGUUGAAUUCGUUCGAUCACUUGCGACUGUUUGCCAUGCUUCGCGGUAUUCCCAGAUGCAAAGUGGAUCUCGAAGUCAACAAAUGGAUCAAUCGACUGAGUUUGACCGCAUGUAUGCAUCAACCGAGCUCUACUUAUAGCGGAGGUAACAAACGACGUUUGAACAUCGCAAUGGCACUUAUCGGGAAUCCAACGCUCGUUCUUCUGGACGAGCCAACAUCGGGUGUCGAUCCCGCGGCAAGGAGAUCGCUCUGGAGUAUACUUAAGUCGUGUCAAGCAACGGGACAAGCUAUCAUACUUACUUCUCACAGCAUGGAAGAAUGCGAAGCUCUGUGCAAUAGACUAGUCAUUAUGGUGAAAGGACAAUUGGUUUGUAUCGGUGCUAGCCAGGAAUUGAAGCAACGAUUCGGUGCUGGUUACGAUAUUCAUAUUAAACUGAACCCCAGUCGCACGGAUGGCGAUGUGGACAAUAUAAAAAGACUUAUGGAAUCUAAGUUAUCCUGCGAGAUUCGUGAUGAAAAUUUGAGUUCCAUCGCAUUUCACGUGAACGAUACCGGGACUACGUGGGAGAAGAUGUACAGUGCGAUGUACGAUUUAAAAAGACAAUACGGCUGUAUCGAAGAUUUCGCCGUUCUCUCCGCCACGCUGGAGCAGCUAUUCAUUCAGUUCGCCAGAGGAACCGAAUCAACGAAUCCAAACGCGCCUACAGACUCUGUCUAAAUGGUGAACUUGACUUUUGUGAAAUGAACUUUUUUCGAGUUUAAGGACGUUCUACCGAUAAUGGAUUAAAAAUUCAGAAGUUGGUGUAAAUUUACACACUUGUCAAUAAUACCUUCAUAAAGGUACAGUCAAAUUUUGGUAAAGUCAAGCACACGCCGCUAGCUAUCAGACGGCUGUACGACAUACAUUUGUAUGUGUAUGUAAGGCUGUGUACAGCUUUGACUAGGUAUGCAUUGGUAGAACCUCCUUAACACUAGAACUACCAACCAGUCGAAAUGACCGUAGUUCUAGUAUUACCUUUUUAACGGUAUUGUUCAAGUUACAGAUUUGUAUCAGAGAUGUGCAAAAGGCCGGCCCCUAUUUUGUAUAAAUACGUACAUUAAAUUAUUCUAUGAAUAUAAAUAUAUUUCAUCUUUCCAUUUUGUUAUUAGAGAACAUAAAUAUAUUUAAAUAAAAAGAAAUAUUUAUAACGACUUGUAAACCAUGAUAACUGUGCGUACUAAUAAAAGAAUGAAUAAAA